AUGUCCGCAGUGGCGUUCUACUGUUUUAACUCGGAAGUGUGGGGCCAGAGUAUGCUCCUCCGUGUCAACCCUAGGGGCAUAAGUUACGACGCAAUAGACGCCACAGAUCAACACGGCGUCAGCAUGGACGGGUGCGACAAGGCGUCCUUCACAUUUGACUACGCCACGGGAGUGUACAGUAGAGUCGUCAACAUCACUGAUGACGACAGUAACAGAUGCGGAGGCGUUGUGACGGAGGAGGGGGUUUGGCAAUGGGCUUUCCGUUUCCAAGAACGUACCGGGGUGUUGUCCCUUGCAGACCUCAACGUCGUCGUCAAAUGCGACUUCAGCAAGGCUGACACACUGUCAGGCGACGACGAUAUAGGCAUUGAGGGGUAA